GCUCGACAAACUCCAUUUUGUGAGAGCUGUUGAAGGAGGGUCGAGCGACGUCCCCGUGAAAAGGCAAAACCCCUAAACGAGACAAAAAGUCAAAGUUAGCCGACGAACCGCUCGCUAACCAAGUUAUCAUACGAAAGGAAAGCAAAUCUUAUCGUAUGUCCGGUAUCCAGAACCUCCAUACUUUUGACCCCUUUGCUGAUGCAACUAAGGGUGAUGAACGCCUCCCAGCCGGGACUGACGACUACAUCCACAUAAGAAUCCAACAGCGGAACGGCAGGAAGACCCUUACCACUGUCCAGGGCAUUGCCGCGGACUAUGAUCUGAAGAAGCUGGUCAAGGCCUUCAAGAAGAAGUUCGCUUGCAAUGGGACAGUGAUUGAGCACCCAGAGUAUGGUGAAGUGAUCCAGCUGCAGGGAGACCAGCGUAAGAAUAUCUGCCACUUCAUCAUGGAGAUUAAACUGGCCAAGGAGGAGCAGCUCAAAGUCCACGGCUUCUAGAAGCUGCUAGCAGCCCUCUCCCCCUUCUCCCCUUGAAGGCAAUUAAACUCCCCUCACUCUCUCCUACCCUCCUCCUAUGUGCUGCUGUUGCUCUUCCUCUACCCCCUUGCAGCCCCACCAGCUCCUAUUAGCUAACACGUGAAUUACCUCUGACAAACAUGGGACUGUGUAACACCAUUGCCUCCCUACAACACCAGGGGGCAGGGUCGCUCCCACAAAGACGCACCACUGCAGCUCCACACAACAUCAGGGAUGAGUGGUGAUGACCCUCCCACACACACUUCCUCCUUCCUUUCCCCCCUCGUUUAUUUCCUUUUAAUUUUUUUUUUCUUUUUAGGUUCAUGUGCCACGAUAAGUGGUUACCGUGUGUAACUUUUUGUUUUGUACUUCAAGGUGUUUCAAUAAAACGAUGAGUGUCCAUAUGUUGGAGUGGAGUGGUGUCAUGGGGAAUGGGAUGGGGGCUGGAUUUGUGUUUGACUAAUGUGGGUAAAUGUAGAAGAACAAAGACAGCAGCUGGGAGGAGGAGAAGUGGGAAUUCUGUUGAGGCAUUUGCUGCAGAAAUUAGUUUCUGGAGCUUGCCCACAGUAGUGCCUUUCCUCUUUUCAGUCUGCUUCGAUAUCCACGUUGUCUGUUUACAUUCCCAGCUGCCUGCUCCCAGGUUACUGAGCAGUGAGGGUAUAAAGUACUGACCUUCUCCACCAUCCCGUCCAGCAAAUUUGGUUUUGCUUAUUUAAUGGCAUAUUUUUUUCUUUUUUUUUUUUUUUUUUUCUUUUUUCUCUUUUCCCUUUUUUGGUUCUUUAUCUGCCAAUUCAAGUAUUAAAACUAAUGGGGUGGUCAGUGGUGGUCUUAACUUUUGUCAGAUUGAGGUCCAUAAUGUGGCCUGCGAUUAUGGACACUUGAAUAUUUAAUUUACAGUACUAUAAUGCAAUAAUUUAUGAACAUACGUUAAGAUGUAUACAGUUAAGAUCAAAGCCAUGACCAGGUCAUACUGUGCUCCUGUGACUGACGGUGAUGGAGAGCGAGCCUGUUUUGCAAAGUUCACAUUUUGGUUCAAUAAAAAUUCUGUAGUUGAUCAGCA